GCAAACAAUCACAAAAACGUAAAGAGUGGAGUGACUGCCCUAUCUUCUACUAGUUCUUCUUUUGGAACCGCUGCCGCAUCUACGAAGUUCGAUACUCAUUCCAAUGGCUCUAUAGAUGAGAACGUUAAAGCUCAGGCAUUGGCUGAAGAGGAAGCUGUGAUGAACCAGUACAAAUCUAAACUGUCAUCUCCUACUGCCAGUGCUGCUAAUAUGGCAAUGACAAAUCCUUUCUUGUCCCCACCACCUACUACACAAUCCAAUAUUGUUGACUUAUUUGCUGGUGGUGAUGACAGUUGUGGCGGUAUUGUUGAUGGUCAGCAUAUAGACCCUGCUAUCAAAGCUUCCGAUGACUUGCUUCAGUUGGGUAAUCCUUUUGCGGAUAUGUUCGGAGCCCCACAAAAUCCAGUAAUAUCUACUUCUGCGGUUACAAUCAAUAACAUGUGGAUAGGCAACGGUUCAAAUGGCACAUCAACCGUAGCACCUUCAACUACAGUAUCAUCAAACAUUGAAAAUACUUUUGUGUCUGAUAGCAAUUUUUCAUCUGUUUUUGGUAAAAGUGAUAAUAUCGGUGAAUCUACGCAGGCAACAUCUACUCAGCUUUCGGGAAAGGUACUAACGGGAGAUCUGGACAGCUCACUGGCCUCGCUAGCGGAGAGUUUAUCCAUUAACAAAGGAACUUCAGCACAAAUCAAAAACGUUCAAUGGAAUUCGCCAAAAAAUGCAGCGAAACCCGGCUCAUUUGGGUGGUCACCUCAACCACAGCUAGCCACCAAUCAGUCUGGCUAUAAACCAAUGGCUCAAGGUAUGACAGUUAGUCCUGCUCCUAGCACUAUUCAUCCACUUGUACACUCUUCCUAUCCUGUAGUGUCGACGAUCAUGUUACAGCAAGGUAUACCUCCAAUAAGAUCCUCGAUAGCUAGCUCAUCGAAGGUAGGAGCAACACAAAUAACUGGUGGAGUUUCUUUGUCCACCUGUAUACCGUCAACACAACAACAAUCACAGCAGGGUAUACUGUUUGGUCCGCAAGCAACAAUACAACCACAUCAGCAACAGCCUCAACAACAGACACUAGUGAAUGCAAAUAUACAGCUCGAUCCUUUUGGUGCACUUUAAGGAUACAAACGUUAUUGAGCAUUCACAGCAAUAUACAAACAUGAAUCUUUCUUCUUGAAAUAAUUAUAAUGUACUAUGUAACAAUUGAGCAGGAAAAAUUAUGUUUCUGAAACUGUCUAAAAUAUAUGUUUAUAUAUUCAUGAUAUUUGUAGCUGAGUUAUUGCUGAAUGUUUAUCUAAAGCGUAGAAUUGCGUUAUAAAUAACAUUAAUUAUCAGUGCGAGGAGUCAUGACACAGAAUAUUACAAUUCUUAAAUACAUUACUAUAUGAGUAUUUCUAUAUUAUAUCGUUGUUAGUAGAUUGUAUGUAUAUAAGUAUUAUGAAAAAAUUAAAGAAAAGCGAUAAACUCAUGUAACAUUAGAGCAUAGAUAUCAUAACGAAAUGUUGAAUUAAUAGGAUUUGUUAUUUGAUAAAAAUUGUGUUACUAUUUGUGUACUGGUAUUAGGACAUUUUCUUUUUCGAACAAUUGAAGACAGCAAAGCAGCUGAGACAAUAUGAAUGAUGAAUAAUUGUAAGUUCUGCCAAACGAACGUUUAACCCUUGUAUGUCUUAUUUAUAGACUAAAAAAUCAUUUAUCAGAUCGUUUUGGUUUGGUUUUCACGUGGUUUUUUACGCGGGUUUCCUUAAGUUUCCAUGGAUUCUCGAAUAUUUACGUAUGAAAACUGAAAACAUGUCAAGUAAGAAAUAUGGAGAAACACGUAGCAACAAAGAAUGAAAUUGCUAGUACCAAUAAAAUGGAACAAGCGACGAUUAUUUAGUCAAAGUUAUAA